UAACACGCAUGCGCAUUUCACUCACGUACACUUUUUUAGACAGCGAUCUAUGAUCAAAGAUGGCGAGCACCUCAGACCUACUGGAAGAUAUGCUAUUUUCUGAGGUGGAUGAAAAAGCUGUGAGCGAUUUAGUGGGCUCUUUGGAGUCACAACUUGUUAGACAAAGCAACCCUGUAGAUACUCAGUCGGAAAACAGAGGUGCUGGGUCUACAGUCACUGCAAAGCAUCACUUAGGGAAAACGCUACCAGCCCAAGUGGGUAACGUUACUACACUAGUACAGCAGCAGCAACAAGGACAACAUAAAGCUGGGAUGCACCAGGAGAUGAACUCUAAACAAAUUAUCUUAGAGAAAACUGUUACAUCUUCUUCGCUGAGUUCUAUUCCGUCCUUUGAGGAAGCUUCCACCACUUCAGGGACUGGAGUAAACGCUACCAAGAGCGGUUUGCAAUCACAUGGAACAUCAUCUAUCACAACAGUACCUGCAUCUGGUGGUGUAGCAACUUAUCCGCUUGUCAACAGCAUCAGCAGCAGCACCAGCCGAGGUUCCGCUCUGGCUUCAGGUCAGACAUCAACAGACAUUGUUGAUCAUCCAAGAAAACGUAUAACUGCAUCGUUACGGAAUGCAUCCGUGGGAAUACAGAGUUUGAACGGUACCGGAGGAGCGGUACCGUCAAGGAAUAAUCCCCCUGCGGCGGGAACUGAUGCGUUGAUUAGCAGUGCAAGUGCAGCAAACUCAAGUCGGACCGUUGACGUUACAUCUUGUGUAAAUACAACGAAUUUCACUUUAUCUAACUCCAGCAUUUCUUCAACUCAAUCAGCGAUUUCCCUGGAUAAGGGGACUCCUACUAUUGCUUUGCAAAGACUACCAAGUCACAUUGUAGCGAGCAUCGCACAUAAUGGAAAUGGCACUACCGUCUCGGCCUUGGUUAAACAAGGCGCGAUAGGACCGAUCACCUGUGCAGCAGCUUCGCAAGUGAACCACAAAAAGGAGGGUUCUGAAGCGAAGUCGGACGCUCCCGUACAGUCCAAAAUAGUCAUGUCCAGUCCGUUAGGUGUUGUCAAUUCCGUAAUAAACUCUGUUUCCUCUCCCUCUGCUGUUUUCAACCUAGCAGCGGCGACUACUGCAAGUCAUGUUAUGGCAAAGCCUGCAGUCAAUGUUGUUGGACAAACAACAACGGUUGGAAUGGUAAGGCCAGCGUCACCGUCUGUGGCCACAGCUACACAGCCUCUGCUUCGACCGGGAGUCACAGCGGCUCAAAGGAUUGUAGCCCCCCAGCUGAUUGUCAGACCCCCCCAACAACAACAGACGACCAUUCAACUGCCUCCUGGGUUUACCAUCCCACCGGGAAUGGUGUUGGUGCGCACUGAGAUGGGUCAGCUGGUGAUGGUCCCACAGCAGGCCCUUGCCCAGGCACAGGCCCAAGCCCAGGCCCAGGCCCAGAACAACAUCUCCCCCCGAACUGCCACCCCCACUGCAGGGGCCACCUUCAGAGCAACUACCCCACAGUCUCCUGUGACCUCUCAGGCUAUUCGGCCAUGUCCUCCUCCUGUCCAGGCCAAGAUGGUGCCGUCUCCCUCUCCCACUCCUAGUCCUGUCCUCCAGAUCUCCUCCUCCACUGCGCGACCUUCUAAGGGCCCCYUGGCGCCGGCUGUGGCAGUGACGGCUCCCCAACAGGCCCCCGUGGUGAUGGCCCCCCAGGUCCAGGCUGGGGCCCAGGCUGCCUCGCAGCCAGCCCUGCCCCCACAGACCAGCGCCCCUGUAGCCCCAGGAGCCUCUGUCAUCUCCCAGGAGAUGCAGGAGAAUGUGAAGAAGUGUAAGAACUUCUUGGCCACCCUGAUAAAGCUGGCUUCCCACAACUCUCCGUCACCUGAGACCUCCAAAAAUGUCAAGUCACUGGUCCAGGAUCUACUGGAUGCUAAGAUUGAGCCUGAGGAGUUCACCAACAGACUGCAGUCAGAGCUCAAGUCGUCUCCUCAGCCCUACCUGGUCCCCUUCCUCAAGAAAAGCCUCCCGGCCCUGCGGCUGUCUCUGCUCAACAUUCAGCAUUCCCUGAUCCAGCCUCUGCCGCAGGCCAAAGCCACCCCCARCACAGGCACCAGCUCUGCCAUCAUGGCCGGCCCAGCUGUCCGCGGCRGCCUCCCCAACAGCGUCAGCACCACGGGGGCCAGUGUCGGGGCCCAGGGACACACAGCUGCRCUGGGUAUCAAGCAAGUGGGCUCCGCUGGUUGCCAGGUCAGGAUGCCCAUGGUGAUCACACCAUUAAGAACACAAGGCACUGUCAGCAAGGGAGCCACGUUCCAAGCAGGCAAAAGUCCUGUGGGUUUUGCCGUUAAGGGCUCUGGAAAUCAGAAAAACAAGCUGAACGAUCCCGGAGGCGGUUCUUUCAGGGAUGAUGAUGACAUUAACGAUGUGGCGUCCAUGGCGGGGGUGAACCUGAAUGAAGAGAGCGCUCGUAUCCUGGCCACCAACUCUGAGCUGGUGGGAACACACAUCCGCUCCUGUAAAGAUGAGGCCUUCCUUCACCCGGGCCUGUUACACAGACGCAUCCUGGAGACAGCUAAGAAGUUUGGCGUGUCAGAGGUUCCUAUGGAGGCUGUGAACUUCAUCUCCCACGCUACCCAGUCCCGACUCCGCACUGUGCUGGAGAAGGUCUCCUCCAUCGCACAGCACAGGAUGGACGGCGGUAAAGAUGAGGAGGGGUUUGAGCAGUCGGCAGACGUGCGGUCGCAGCUAAAGUUCUUUGAGCAGCUGGAGAGGAUAGAGAAGCAGAGGAAGGAUGAACAGGAGAGAGAGAUCCUACUCAAAGCAGCUAAAAGUCGCUCCAGGCAAGAGGACCCAGAGCAGGCUCGGCUGAAACAAAAAGCUAAGGAGAUGCAGCAACAGGAAAUUGCCCUGGUGAGGCAACGAGACGCAAACCUGACCGCGCUAGCUGCCAUCGGACCUCGGAAGAAACGCAAGAUGGACUCGCCAGGGGCCACGCCGUCAGGGACCGAGGUAAGACCGGAGCCCCCCUAUAAAGUCUCCAACUGCUAGUUAGCUUCUGUCGUUUUCUUUAACCUGCUGUAGCAGGACAAAAUAUAUAUCUACACAAUCACGUCUGAAACAAAACUAACAAAUAAAACAAACAUUGUUCGAUUUUUUUUAUACGCCCAGUCGCCCUAAAAACAAUGGGCCACACUGUUGAGAUGCAUGUCAAUUGUAAUUACUCACCAACKSCAGUAGGMGUACCUAUUAGAUGCCCAGAAUGGUAUGUUCACACACAACAGGUUUGCACACCCCAUGGACUGUUUCUCUUCUGUUUCUACUGAACAUUGAUGAAUUGCAUGGCCACAUGCUCUGCAGUAUUGGUAUUCAUUAGUCAAGAACCWGAUGUUGGAGGGAAUGAAUGUGAGGUACUAAAACCCUCCUUUAUCCCUGUACUCUGAUUGGCUCUGUGUUGUUGUCCUCAUAUUAUUUAGGAACAGUUCUAUGGUGGGCCUGGUACACAGUGUGCAGGCCAUCCUCCCAACCAUUACGUUGUUCUCAUGCUUAUUCAUCUAUAAAGUGGAUGAAGAUGAGUCCUUCUGAAGUCUCCCUUUAGAUUAGAGACAUGAGCCAAUACCAUGGUGCGAGGAUCCCCAUUCAAGUCAAUGUUCUAGGGAUUCUAUUUCUAUGAAGAGAGGGGUUUGGGAGCAGUUAUGGCGGUUUGUUUAUCAAUUAUCCAAGGAUUGGAGUUGUUGUUUUUGGGGUACUAUUGUUGUAUUCUUAAUACCAGACCUCCUUAACAGAAAUAAUCUGUUAUACAUUAGSCCGGUUUGGGGCAUGUAUCUAAUGCACCACAUUGGAGACCUCAGUAAGCUAAUACAGGGAAGAUAAUGGGAAUAUAUCUGUGGUACAUGAACCAACAUCCACAUCGACAGGACCAGAGCAUGUUGACUUACUCCCUUCUGACUAACUGUCUGUUGUUAAUUAAGAUGAAUUAUGUUAUAAAAUAAAUAAAAUAAUAGUCUCCUGUUGAAAAUGGUUAAAGAACAGCCCGAUUAUCACAUUUCUCCAAUACGGGGUUAUACAUUGUCAUACACACAGUUAUUCUGUAACCAAAAAUAUUUUACAUUCUCAGAGAAAGAAAUGUUGAACUAUUCAAACUCCCGACGAUAUUCUCUGAUUACUGCUGUGAUUCUGUGAAUAUGAUGAAUAAAACAUUUAAAAAUCUUCUGAAUUUCUGAAUGUCAAUUGGUCAUUUUAAUAACCUGCUUAUUGGGUUGUAUCUUCACAUCAUUCGCUUAGUUGCAAUCUGCUGCAGAAAGAGCACAGUAAUGCACCCAGUAUAAAAAGGCAGAAAUAACUCAAUAAAAGCAUUACUUCUGGUCCUUGAGUGCAGUGCCAACCUCUUUCACUAUGUUUUACCCUGAUUGGUUAGCGAGCCCUCGACUUUCACUAUGUUUUACCCUGAUUGGUUAGCGAGCCCUCGACCCUCUGCUUUCUGCGGAAAAGAAAAAAACUACAACAAUCCGYUUUARAUAUCUAACAGAAACAGUCACACAACAUAAACAUGAAUAUCCAGAGCUGUUUUUAAUGUCCUG